AUCAUGGCUGGAGCUCUCUCCUGCUGAUCUAUAUACAGUAUGUGCAUUUUCCCAGUGGUGUAGUGGAUGUCAUCUUCAGCUGCGAUUAGGGGAUAUUGUCACAUCCUUUUCGCUGUGGGUUUCUAAGCAAUAUCAGAUGCUGGAUCUUGUUUACCCGGAAGCGAUCGCUCGGUGCUGCAGAAGUCAUGUCUCACACAUUCUACAACAAAAUAUGGGUAGAAGCCCAACAAGAUCUGAUGCAGCUGCUCCAACAGGAGAAACCAGAUGCACCUCCCAAACCCGAGAAAGACCGCAUGGUGGUUGCCCAACAGCUUGGGACCUUGUAUAUCCGAUACCUACAGAUCUUCCGCAAUCUGGAGUUAGCACACGAUCAGAUAACGCAUCCACAGAAAAGAAGGGUGAUCAGACUGGUUCUGGACGGAGUCAUGGGACGGAUAUUAGAACUGAAGGAUGAGCUGGUGGAACUGGAGAUCUCAGAGUUUCACUACUUUGAUGACAUCUUGCAAGACCUGAAGCUGGGUCCUGAAAGCUUGGAAAUUCCAAUUCCAAAAUACUUCAUUAAGGAAAAAAUGAAAGUUCUAAAAGAUCGUGAACAAAUACUAUCCCAGAUAUUGGAACGAAGUGGAGCCAAAGAAACAGACAUGGUAAAACUAUUGAAGCCUAUGUCGCUAGAUGAGGCUGUUCGUGUGAUCCAGGUGUCUGAGAGGGCUCGGCAGGGGCGGCUGAGAGCCAAAUUCAUGAGGGAGAUCCAUCUAGAAGAGAAGAGAGAAAGGAUGGCCAAACUGCAGGGAGAGAAGGUCCUGGAUCCACAUCUGGCUGCACUGCGCAUCCAGAAGGUCUGGCUGGGCUAUAUCCAAAGGAAGAAAACCAAGCAGCAAAGAGAAGAGGAAAUGAUCUUCCUGGGCAUGGUGCCACCAGCACACUUCAACAAAAUAAGUAUGGCAGAGGUGAUAGCCAAAAAGACAGAAGCCCUCCGGUCCGAGUUACAAGAACAGUAUGAAGCUGAUUACCAGAAUUCCCUGGUACAAAUAAGAGACACUAUACGAGAGACAGAGGGACUAGAUAUUAAGGAAACGCUGCAAGACCAGAUUCGGCAAUGGUUCAUAGAAUGCAGGCAUGCCACCGGAAAGUUCCCCGAUUUCCCAGAUGAAGAGGAUGGUGGAUCAAAGGCUGUCUUUGCUCAGAAGACUCCAGAACAGGUUGCGGCAGAACUAGCAGCUAAAGAAGAGGCCAAAGACAAAAAAAAGAAGGAAAAGGGAAAAAAGGAGAAGGGGAAAAAGAAAACAAAGAAGGAAAAAGAUAAAGCUAAAGGAAAAAAGGGUAAAGGCAAGGAGGAGGAGGAAGAACCAGGUUGGAAAAUGAACCCAAGUCAAUUUCUGCCAGACGUAUCAUCGGCAACCAACACUUAUGAAGGUGUUUGGAAAAAUCGGAACGAGUCUUGGAAUCUCCAUCAGACCCAUGAUUCUGAGCUCAUCAAAGAAGAUAAGAGGAAGGAAGUAGAAGAAGAGAUAAGGAUACAGGUGGAUGAGCUGAUGAGACAAGAACUCCAAAACUUGAAACUGGCCGUAGACCGAGAUAAAAACAAAAAGAAAAAGGGGAAGAAAGGAGGGAAGAAAAAGAAAAAAGGGAAGAAAAGCGGAAAAAGAAAGAAAAAGAAGGAAAAGGACUUAACACCAGAUAGGACCAUUGACUCUCUGUAUGAGGAGUUGGUCACAGAAGGUCUUCUCGUCAAACCAAAGCCCGUGAAACUGUCAGAUUUUAUAGGUGAAUAUAGUUAUUUAGGCACUACUUUGCGCCAAGCUGACAUAGAACCAAUGCCAUCUCUUAGUGAUGUCAAACAGCUUCUCGUCCUGUACGGAGUCCUACCAUUAGGCUGUGAAUCAGUCCAUGAGAAAGCUCCUCAGGUGAAAGCCCUUCUUCUGGCAGGACCAGCCGGAGUGGGUAAAAAGAUGUUAGUGAAUGCCAUCUGCAAUGAAACCGGGGCAAACCUGUUUAACCUUUCACCAGCUAACAUUUCUGGGAAGUACCCGGGCAAAAGUGGACUGCAGAUGAUGCUGCAUAUGGUACUUAAGGUGGCCCGUCAGCUGCAGCCAUCCGUCAUCUGGAUCGAAGAUGCAGAAAAGAUGUUUUAUAAGAAGGUACCGAAAACAGAAAAACAGUUAGACCCUAAACGCUUGAAGAAGGAUCUCCCGAAAUUGCUAAAAUCCAUUAAGCCAGAAGAUCGAAUCCUUGUUGUAGGAACCAGUCAGCGACCAUUUGAUGCAGAAAUUAAACCUCUGACUAAAGUGUACAAGAAGAUAGUUUUGGUGCCCCGGCCAGAUUACGCAGCACGUCUGGUUCUUUGGAAACAGCUGAUCUCCCAACAAGCGGACAGCACAACAUCUCUGAAUUACAGCGCUUUGGCUAAGAUCACGGAUGGAUUUACCCCUGGUCACAUGGUGCAAGCGGUGGACACUGUGCUCAAUGAAAGAAGAAUAAGGCAGUUUUCCCAGAAACCACUAGCGGCAGCAGAAUUUCUGGGUUCCUUGUCCAGGCAAGAACCUGUGUAUAAAGAAGAGGAGGAGACUUUCAAGACUUGGUACUCUAAAACGCCACUCGGAAAGAAGAGGAGUAAAGCAAUGCCCAAUGCAGAGGAAGAGACAGGAAAAGACAAAGGGAAGAAGAAAGGAGCAAAGAAAGGGAAGAAGAAAUAGUUUCCAUAGUUCAUAUAUUUACACCAUCGUGCCUGUAUAUUUUAUUUGACAAUGAUUUCUAAUAAAUUUCCUCGGCAUACUUUCA